AAUCAAAACCUACACCUCUGAAAAUGUCCGACAAAACAAAGUUCAGCGUUCUCUGCAGUCUCUUCGAUUGGGUUCAGCGAAGCAAAUCUUCAGCGAAGAAGCGAUCCAAGUUCCGCAAAUACCUUGACACCUUCUGCAGAUCGGGCGACUACUUCAGUUCCAUCCGCUUGAUCCUGCCCUCCCUCGACCGCGAGCGCGGCACCUACGGCCUUAAGGAGUCUGUGCUCGCCACUUGCCUCAUUGAUGCCCUCGGCAUGUCCAGGGACUCUGAAGACGCCCUCCGCCUUAUCAGUUGGCGUAAGGGGGGUGCCAAGACUGGCGCCAAUGCGGGGAAUUUUGCGCUUGUUGCUGCUGAGGUUUUGCAGCAUAGGCAAGGAAUGGCUUCUGGUGGACUAACAAUUAUGGAAUUAAAUGACUUGCUUGAUCGCUUGGCUUUGAGUGAAAAUAGGGCAGAAAAGACGUCAGUUCUUUCUACACUUAUCAAGAAAACAAAUGCACUGGAAAUGAAGUGGAUUGUCAUGAUAAUUCUUAAAGAUUUGAAGUUGGGAGUGAGCGAAAAAAGCAUCUUUCAUGAAUUUCAUCCGGAUGCUGAAGACUUAUUUAAUGUCACAUGUGACUUGAGGCUAGUUUGUGAAAAACUGAGGGAUCGAAGUCAACGCCAUAAGCGCCAGGACAUUGAAGUUGGGAAAGCUGUUCGUCCUCAGCUAGCCAUGAGAGUUGCUGAUGUAACUGCUGCUUGGAAAAAGCUUCAUGGGAAGGACAUGGUUGUUGAAUGCAAAUUUGAUGGUGAUCGCAUCCAAAUUCAUAAGAAUGGAACGAAGAUUCACUUUUUCUCAAGGAACUUCCUUGAUCACUUUGAAUAUGGACACGCGAUGUCAGAUAUCAUUAUACAAAAUAUACUGGUUGAUAGAUGUAUACUUGAUGGUGAAAUGUUGGUCUGGGAUGCGCCACUUAACCGUUUUGCAGAGUUUGGUUCCAACCAGGAAAUAGCCAAAGCAGCAAAGGACGGCCUGGACAGUGACCGACAGGUUUUCUUUUAUGUCGCAUUUGAUAUCCUUUAUGCCGGUGAUACUAGUGUUAUUCACCAAAGCUUGAAGGAACGACAUGAGCUUCUCCAAAGAGUUGUGAAACCUUUGAAAGGUCGUCUGGAGAUUUUGAUACCUAAUGGUGGUCUUAAUGCUCACUGUCCCUCUGGGGAACCGUGUUGGUCACUCAUUGCUCAUAACAUGGAAGAUGUUCAGAGGUUUUUUAAAGAAGCCAUUGAGAAUAGAGAUGAGGGUAUUGUUUUGAAGGACCUUAGUUCCAAAUGGGAACCAAGUGAUCGAAGUGGAAAAUGGUUGAAGCUGAAGCCUGACUAUGUUCAUCCUAGUUCUGAUUUAGAUGUUCUUAUCAUAGGAGGAUAUUAUGGCUCAGGUCGUUGUGGAGGAGAGGUGGCUCAAUUCUUGGUUGGCCUAGCAGAGCGUCCAACCUCUGACAAUUACCCCAGGAAGUUUAUUUCCUUCUGCAGAGUGGGUUCUGGACUGUCUGAUGAGGAGCUUGAUGUUGUUGUAACUAAAUUGAAGCCUUACUUCAGGAAAUAUGAUUACCCAAAGAAAGCACCACCGAGUUUUUAUCAAGUAACAAAUAAUUCAAAGGAGAGACCAGAUGUUUGGAUUGACAGCCCUGAUAAGUCAAUAGUACUUUCAAUUACCAGCGACAUUCGUACAAUAAGGUCUGAGGUAUUUUCCGCACCAUAUAGUUUGCGAUUUCCGCGCAUUGAUAGGGUGAGAUAUGACAAGCAUUGGCAUGAAUGCCUUGAUGUUCAAUCUUUUGUAGAAUUGGUGCAUUCAAGCAAUGGUACCACACAAAGGGGGAUAAAUCACGGAAGCCUGCAAGAAAGUAAACCAAAGCGCAUGACAUCCUCUAGGAAGGGAGAGAAAAAAGAUCUUUCUGUUCCUUCUCAUUUCAUCCAUACUGAUGUUUCUGGCAUCAAGGGGGAGACUUUAAUAUUUUCUGACAUGGUGUUUUACUUCGCUAAUGUGCCUCCUACUCAUUCCCUUGAUUUCUUGCACAAAAUGGUGGUUGAGAAUGGGGGCGCUUUCUCCAUGAAUUUGAACGGUUCAGUUACUCACUGUGUUGCAGCUGAAAGUAAAGGUCUCAAAUAUAAAGCUGCAAAGCUUCAUGGGGAUGUUAUUCAUUACUCUUGGGUAUUGGAUUGUUGUUUGCAAAAGAAGCUUCUCCAUCUACAGCCGAAGUACUUCCUUUUCCUUUCUGAUACUUCAAAGAAAAAAUUGCAAGAAGAGGUUGAUGAGUUUUCUGAUUCUUACUUCUGGGAUCUUGACGUUGCUGACAUUAAACAGCUGUUGAGCAACAUAAGAAGAUUAGAAGAUUCCAGAAUGGUUGACUAUUAUAAGAAAAAGCAUCGUCCAAAGGGAAAAUGGUCUUGCUUUCUUGAUUGCUGCAUUUACUUCCAUCCCACAGCUAUGUAUUUAAAUUUUGAUUGGGAAGUUCCAUUGGAAUUUUCAAUGAAGAGAAUGAAGCUUGAAGUCACCAUGCGUGGUGGAAAAAUCAGUGACAAUAUUUUUCAUGCUACUCAUUUAGUAGUCUUUUCAGUACCUGGUUUUGACGUUGACUUUGAAUCUCUAUUUAGAAGCUUUUCUGCGGCAGAGCAACCUCUAUUGUGCAGCAAAAGGUUGCACGUUGUAGGGUCACAAUGGUUGGUAGACAGCUUGGAGAAGGAGCAGAAGUUGCAAGAGGAAACUUAUAGUCUGAAGCCAAAGGACUUAGAGAAGUCUAUUAUCAAAGAAUGCAAACAUGGACUAGUUUUUGAUGCUCCCAGAUUGGACAGCUUUGAAAGCCAUGGUCAGUCAUCUUCUCGCGUGAAAGAAGUUGAACACAGAAGAGGCAAAGCUGCUAUUGAAGAUCAGAGAAAUUUGGUAUUGUCCAAGAGGGAGAAAGAGAGAAAAAGAAGAAUGCCAACUGGCGGAACUACACAGAAAGGAAGAACAGGUCUCAGCCGAGCUCGAAGGACACGGGCAAGGGUUGGAAACAAACCUGCUAAAAUAUAUGAAAAUGAAUCAGACAAAAGUUCUGCUUCUGAUGAUGAUGCGGGGGAAAACAAAAUGCAAAGAGGUGAGAGUGAAUUCCCUGAAAUGGAGCCAAGAAAAAGUUUAGAAACCAAUGACAGUAAAAUGAUUGAAAACUCUGUAUCGUCUCAAGGAAGAAUGACAGCUGAAAAUGAGAUUGCCGAGGAUACUCCUCUGGGAGAAUGGCUUGAUCAAGCUGGUGAAAUCAAAGUGGAAGGAGAGUAUGGCUGCGGAGACGGUGGGAGGCCUGAAAAGAUGGAAUCUUCUGUUGACCCGGUUCAAGCAAUGUUAAUAGACAUGAUACCAGGCCUCGGAGUGAACAAUAUUGAAACUAAAACAGAUCCAAUUCAACGUGAGAAGCGAGAGUUAGAUCCCAGUGCAGAGCCUGGAAAGAAAAAGAAAGUAAGCUACAAGGAUGUUGCGGGUGAGCUCCUCAAGGAUUGGUAAAAUCUUGUAGUAUUGUGGAUAGUCAGUUAUUUUAUCACUCAAUAGGUGUGUAUUAAUGUUUUUGCAUGGAGAUAAAACUGUUCUAUAUAUUCUGAUCGGAACCAUUCUUUGUGAA